UUCCAAAAGCAAAACCAAUCAUUCAAUGAAGUAGUUUCGUACUUAGUUCUCAAACUAACUUUAAAUAACUUUCAUCAAAGUAAAAAUUAUACUCACCCAAUCAAGAAAAAAAAAAAUUAAACAUGAAACUUGUUUUUGUGUUCUUCAUCAUUUCCUUUCUAGCCUUCUCAAAUUUGAUAUCAGUAGCCAAAUCCAGCUCCCCAGCUAAUCAUGAUGCAUCUUUUAAAGAUGAGACAAUAGUAAAUAAGACGUCAUGCAAUAAUGGACAACAACUUUCUUCUAAUGAAAAUGGUAACAAAGUUACAAAUAAUAACAUUGAUUGGGGAAAUCAUGCCAUCCAUGCCUACCGGAGACAGGGUGGUCGUGGCGGCAGAGGCACCGGCGGUGGUGGUAAUCUAAACAAUCGUGCUCCUACGACUCGUAAAAGCAAUGCAGCACCAUGGCUUGUCAACAAUUGUUUCUUCUUUGCUUAUGUUACCUUUGCCUACCUUGUUUUUCAGAUUUGAUUAUCUUUUGAUGUGUAAUUGCUGUAAUAUUUAGACAAAUUUGUUAAUCCUUAAUUAAGAUGGACUCUCUUCUGUUUUAUUUCAUAUAAUUGUUUGAUCAAUUUUGUAUUUUUAUUUUGUAAUGGGUGUUAACUACAUACA